CCCCUGCCUCCCCACCUCCCCGCUUCGCACAAAUCACUUUGAUCGUCCCUCGCUUAUCUUUCAUUGUGGUCUGUGCCACCCCUCUCUGAAAGAGCCUCACCAUUCCGGUGGCCCUCAAUUGCCGUUCUUUUCUCCCAACGAAACAGCUGCUAUCUCUCCCUUCUUCUCCUCCCUUUGAUCUUAUUUCUACCAGUUCCUUGUUCACUGCCGCCUCCUAGAGCCCCUGCCCCUCUAUUUUUCCCUUCAAAUUUCUUUGUUCCCUUUGCAUUCGAUUUUCGAGCACACUCCAGCGUCAUCUCCCUUGCUCGGUAUUUCAGCAUCCGUCCCUAAAGGAAUGAGAUAAUAAUAAUAAUAAUAAUAAUAAUAAAAAGGGCCGGAACUCAAUUGGCACAUCUCCGAGAUGUCAGAUACUCCGGUGGCAUUCCUGAAAGCCCAUCGAACCAUUCAUUAUGCCUAUCCUCUGCUCCUUUCCAUCCUCUUCGGUACCCUGCAAACAAUCACCUUUUGUACUCUGCAGAGCUUGAAACCUUCCAAGAGAAUAGUUCGAAGAAAUCUGUUGUUGCCUCUCCAAACUGCUGUGAUUGCAACCUAUGUGAGUCAAACUUCGGCCUUCCUGAGGGCUUCCUCUGCGGGUGGAUAUGUUCUGGGUAACGAUCUGAUAACCAUGCGCAUAGGUACUGGAAGCUAUAUUAAUGCUUGCUCAAUCUCUCGUACAGAAGGACUAUUUUAGUCCUGAAGAUAGUAUUGUAUGCUGUGAUUUCCACACCUCGCAGUGUGUUGGCGGUUGCUGACCUGCCCAUUUCACAGCUCUAUGUUCUCUCUUCAGUUGUGAUUUGGGGGGUGAUUGAGCUGUGCCUGGUUGAUAACAACAGCCCCGUCUGGUAUCCUUACUACGGGUCAUGGCUCCUGUCUUUGGUUGCCGAAUUGUGCCUGCUAGCACUUCCGCAUGACGAUCCGGGCCAGGGGAGUGGGUUCCGUAUGGCCAAGGUCGUCGUCGAAAUAAUUAGGGUUUCCUUUCUGUUUGCAUUGCCUGUUUCGUACUGGGCCUUCCAACGCGGUGACAACAAGAGAAGCUUCCGCGGGGACGAGGAAUCUGCUGGGCUAUUAGCUGCAUGUAAUGCAGUGAAUACAACAACCAACGGUACCUCUUACGGGGCUACUGGUGACGAUAGUAACAAUGCCCCAGAAAAUAUAGCGAACACAGAGGCGAAUGCGAGGAUGAUGAAGAAGAUCGAGGAGAGCGGGAACUGGUGGGUUUACGCCAAAUCUUUCUCCGUAAGUUGUUUGAAAUACAACCUAUAAGCAUGUGUUGGGCUGAUCUGUGCAUCAAAAGAUACUUUGGAAAUACCUCUGGCCGAGCGAGGAUAGACGGCUUCAGGCGUCUAUGGUUAUGGUUGCGUUCUGUCUUUUGGCCGAACGCGGUCUAAACGCCCUAGUACCCCACCAGCUUGGCGUCGUAACGAAUUCCUUGAGCGCAGGAAAUGGUAUUUGUGAGUUCUAGUUGCGGAUGGCCAAAGCUGACGGAUAUAGGAGCUAUACCGUGGUUGCAAGUUUCCAUCUAUGUUGUCUUCCGUUGGUUGGAUUCUGGUUCUGGAAUUCCUGCUCUCCAUAGAUAUCUCUGGAUACCGGUGGACCAAUACGCUAGCCGCUCAAUCACGACGGCCGCGUAUAACCAUGUUAUGUCGCUCUCUCACGAUUUCCAUACUAAUAAGAAGAGUGUGGAGAUAUAUAGUUCAGUAAGACAAGGGCGCUCAGUUAACGGCUUUAUUGAGUCUGUAUUAUUUGCCGUCUUACCUAUGCUUUCGGAUCUCUGCAUCGCGUUCGCAUAUUUUUAUUAUAUGUUUAAUGCGUAUAUGGCGUUGAUUGUGGCUGUUGUGUCAAUCGUCUAUCUCUAUGCUACCGCAAAAUUGGGGGCCACCAAGAACCAGAUUAGGAGAGAUUACAACACUGUGGGUGCUUAACUAUUGCUUUCUUGUUUUCAGGUUGGUAGUUGACGACUAUGGAUCAUUUAUAGGCAAGGAUCGAAGAGGCGAACGUUAUGUGCGAGACCAUGUCGAGCUGGGCAACAGUGAGCGUGAGGACAACUGCAAUUCGUAACUAAACAUGUGUUAGUAUUCGAUGAGCUAAUGGUGGAUCAGUACUUCAACCGCAUUGAGUAUGAACAGGACCGAUAUUGGGGAGGUAAGCUCAGCCAUUCUCCUGCUCUCAGAGGUCGCGUAGGCGUACUAACUGGCAGUCGUUUCAGCUAUUAAGAAUUACCAAAAAGCCGAGCUUAACUAUGUUUUGGGCAUCACAUUUUUGGGGGUCAGUCAAAGCCUUAUAUUUACGGUUGGCCUGUUAGGUGCCAGUUUCCUCGCGGUUUACGAGGUUUCGAGGGGAAACAAGCCUGUAGGAAGUUUUGUUACCUUACUCUCAUAUUGGGCCCAGCUUGGUUCCCCGUUAGCAUUCUUCGCCAACUUUUAUCGUAAGAUUCAAACCCAAAUGUUAGAUGCGGAGCGCCUGCUCGAACUUUUUCAGAGGAAGCCUUCUGUCAUCGAUAAACCUGGUGCGCAGGAAUUCCAGCUCAAGUCCGGAGAGAUUGAAUUUAGUGAUGCCUGCUUCGCAUAUGACCCCAGGAAGCCCGCUAUUAAAAAUAUGAGUUUCAGAGUACCUGGUGGCUCGACAGUAGCGCUAGUGGGAGAGACUGGCGGAGGCAAGACUACAUGUUUGAAGUUACUAUUUAGGUUUUUUGACGUUAAUUCUGGCUCCAUAACUAUCGACAACCAGGAUAUUAGAGAUGUUACUCUGUGGAGCUUGAGAGAAAAUAUGGGUGUUGUUCCUCAGGUAUGCUUCCGGAAUUCGAAUGUGAUUCGAGGCACUUGCUCACCAUUCUCAAUACAGGACCCCCAACUCUUCAAUGACACGUUGAUGAUGAACCUCAAGUAUGCAAAUUUCGAUGCCACCGAUGAACGUACGUGCGAUGCCUUUAUGUGGGGGUGCGUUCCCUCCUUUUCCUUUUUUUGCUUACCAUUUCCAGAGGUUUAUGCUGCCUGCCGCGCAGCCGCUAUCCAUGACAAAAUUCUCGGUUUUCCAGAUGGCUAUUUUACAAGGGUUGGAGAGCACGGUGUGAAACUCUCGGGUGGUGAACUCCAGAGGGUACAUAUCUUCCCGCAUUUGAGACCUGGGGAAGACUAAUUUUGUGAAAGAUUGCUAUUGCAAGAGCAAUUCUAAAGAAUCCGAAGAUUGUUCUGCUGGACGAAGCCACCAGUAUGGUUGAUAUGGAAACUGAGCGCUCAAUACAGCACGCCUUCCGCGAGCUCGCAUCCAACCGCACGAUGUUUGUUAUUGCGUAUGUUUCCGUCCUUCAUUGCUGUUUGGUUCAGUGAAAAUUUUGUGGUUUGUGAACACUGCUGAUCCUACUUUAUAGUCACCGACUGUCGACGAUUAUGAACGCGAACCUUAUAAUUGUGAUCAAGGACGGUGAGAUUGUCGAAAAGGGCAGCCAUGAAGAGCUCAUCAAUGCUGGGGGCAAGUACUUCCAGCUAUGGUCGAAGCAACUCAAAAAUGAGCAACCAAAGCCUUCCUCGGAAACCCCUACAGAGUCAAAUUACGUGAAUGAUCUUAGCCCUAGAUCCCGAGAGCAGGAGCUCAAGAAAGUAUCUGGGGAGUCGAGCACCGAGCCCUAUCCGAAGCCCAACUUUGAUAGCCAUCCAAGGCCCAAGACGGAGGGAGCUAGUCUUGUGACCAAUGCUUUUCAUGUUCCAAUUCCGGUACCAGAAAAUGGAGGGGCCCUGUCGAAUUUAAAGAGCGGCCCUGACACAGAUAAAAUUUCGAAAUCGUCCAACAAUCGCCGGAAUUCUGUUACAUUUGCUGUCGAGUUGCCAAGAUCUGACCCCCAGAGUGAGGCCAGAAGCUCAAGUGCUCAUGGCAUUCUGAGGAACUUUGGAUCAGUCAGGGAUCCGGAAAAGCAGCACAUACAAUUGCCACGCCAGGUUGCCCUUUGGACACCGUCAUCUCUGAAACCUGAUGCUCAAGAAUUUAUACCCAAUGACCUCACUUCCAAGGACUACGCGCCGCAGAGCACCACGGACGGCACCUCAGUUGUCAAUGGCACUGGCGAUCCUCCAGCAUCAAGAGAGUCAAAGAAUGGGGUUAUGCUGGACGCCCUGGCCGGCGCAAAGCCUGUUUGUGACCAACCUGGCAAUGGAGAGGCUGCGAAAGAGGGCGGCAUGCAUAAUCGGAAUGGUUUGGGGGUGGACAGGAUCCAGGCCCUCCAGGAGAAGAUUGGAAGGGUUUUAAAGAGUUCGGAAGCGAAGGUGAGGGAAAUGGAGGAAGGGAGAGCAUCUCAGAUGUUGCCGGCCGAGGAGAAAGGCCCGGGCACGUCAGAACCCUCAAAAAUCAACAUUACCAUUCCAAAUGGUAAUGGAGCGGGUAACUUAUGCGCCGUUGGCGUUGAGAAUUCUCCCGCAUCCCCAACGGAGUCCCGCGGUGAACUCCAACUCGAACAUAAGAGGAAACGACGACGAAACCGGCGCAGAAGCAACAAAUCAAAGUCCGCAGAGGAGAGCGAUCAUAUGGCCAAUGGGGGAUACCACGAUAAAGCUCAGGAGGCUCCAAACGGAUCUUCAAGCUUGUCGAUGAAUAUUUCUCCUCGCCCUUGUGGCGGAGAGGGGUUUCCUCCAAACCUUGAUGGCACUGGCUCAACCGAUAAGAAACAGAAACGUCGCCCCACUGACGGGCUGAAGGCAUCGAACCCAAAAUCUGAAGUGGGAAAGGCGGUGACUUCUCUCGCCGCUCCAGAGCGAACGGUCUCUGGCGAGGAGCUUUCGAAAAAAAAUACGGGAACGAAUGGAAUAGGUUCUGGGAGUGAGAGCAAUUUCCGGGGUGCCCUGAGGGAGGGCCUCAGACCAAAAUCAAGCGAUGGUGAAUACACGGUUUCGCUGUCGGGGCAUGUAGAACUCCCAACGCCAACUAGCUCAGUUGCCAAUAGAAUCACAUUGCGUGAACAGAAUCGGCGCAGGAGUUGGGGGAAGUCGACUGCCCUCAAAGGGAGCUGGAGGCGGUCGGACAGAGUCGACCGUGAUGAGGGUGCCGGUGCAGCUCAGGGCACAGGCUCGACAGAUGGCGCCUAGGUCCAUGCCUAGUGGCAAGCUCGCUCGAUCCACUUGACAAGCCGUUACUGUUUUUUUUUUGUUGACAGGUGCUCCCUUUCUCGGUGGUUGAGGUUUUAUCCGUAAUUUCCAUUAUUUCCCUUUAUUCUUCGCGCCUCUAUACCCUGUUGUUUCCCUUUCGCUGAUUCUAUUUUCUAUCCAAACCUCUCUGCCAAAAUUUUGGCCAACAUGCGUCCGAAUCUCAAGAGGAGGAUGCCAUGGAACACAUUUCCGUCCUUUGACUUCAAAGGGAGGGCCGAAAAGAUAUUCAUUAUAUUGCGUAUUGGAUUAUGGUACUAAUGGUGGUUUUCUCUCUGAGUGUCAUGGAAUGUGGGUGGAAUUUUGAAUAUCGCUGCUGGUUUUCUUGGGCGAUGGCUCAACAACCAGCAUUAGAAGUGUCAGAAGGGGAGGGGGGUGGUUGGUAAUUCUUCCUCUCAACUGAUGUGGUGGCUUUUUUUUUCUUUUUUUCUCUCUUUUUUCCAAUCGCAAGGGUUCAGGAUGGUUGAGGGAUUAGAUGCAGGUUACCGGGCGAUUUAAUGGCUUUUCCGUACUGAUAGGUCAUUGAAUACUGGUACAAAGCCGGUAGAUAGAUAUAAUGGAACGCGGUUUAGUCCGUGUUGGAAAAGUGUACCCUAAGUGAUGACUAGCUCAUGCAAGGAGAGAUGGUACUCAUAUAUCAAUUUCAUGGGGAUUUCGGAACCCCGAGCUUAUCCAU